CUUAGAUUUAUUCUGACUUUGGUCCGGAACAGAUCUCUCAAUUUAUCCCAGUAAAUUUUACUUACAAAAUGCAAAUCGUUGAAAAAUCUGUGUGUAUUUACUUGAUAAUUUUCAUUUUCAACACCAAAAUUCGAAUUAGUGGCAAACCUAUUGCUGAAGAUGAUCCGGAUGAAGUUGAUCCAUCAGAUAUGGAUGCGGUGCAGAAAGGAGCAGCUGUUGAGAUGCCAAGAAACGCAAUCGCUUAUCUUCUACAAAAAGGCCAAUUCUUUCAAGACAUUUUUUCCGAACAACCAACUCCAAAUAAAAUAGAAUUUGGACAUGUUUGUGAGAAUCCGCGUGAAUGGGAACAGCGAUUUGAGCAGAAGGACUUGAAGAAUAAUCGUCAUCAGGGAAAAGUGAGAUGGGGAAACACGAAUGGCGGUUACGGAGAACACUAUUGGGAUUUAAACCAUGCCGGAGGAACCAGUGAGGAGGACAAGUAAUGGCACAAUUAUUAGAUUAGUCGAUUCGUAAAUUAUAACUCCAAUGCUAUACUGAAUAUAAUUCCUUUUCGUGUUACUAUUGACUUGAAGUAAUUAUAUGUACAUACAUAUAAUAGUAGUAGUAUACUACUUUUCUCAAAGAUGCGACGUUAAAGCAAAUGCAAAUAAUGAAAACUGAUGGAGGAA